UGGAGCUUCUGGCUAGAGAGUCACAUUGUUGCUGUGCUGGGAACCACUGCUGUAACUGGAGCUGUCGUGCAAAGGAUGAGGAAGGCUACACUGGAGGGGAUGCUCUGGUUACUAUUCCUCUCUGUCUCAGGAUUCCAAGCUGCAGCUGCAGCCGCAGCUGCAUCAGAAGAGAAGCAUACCCUAAUGGAAGGGCAGACCCUCACUGUGAUACGUCAUGUUUCCAUCUGGAAGUACGCCAAUAGCCGGAAAGCUUGGCAGAGGCUGUUGGAUGGAGGGAAGCCUCUGACACUGGCAGUGACAGAGAGACCAUCAGGGACAAUCACUCGAGUCCAGGUGGGGAGGUACUUCCUAGAGGAUGAGCCCAGUGAGGCUGUACUGCGAGUUCAAAUGACUAAUCUUCAAGUGGAAGACUCAGGACUAUAUCGGUGUGUGAUCCUCCAUGCUUCCAAGGAGCCUGACAUUCUUUCCCUCCCUAUCCGCCUGGUGGUAACUAGGGACCCUUCAGGCCCUCUUGUCUCAGACAAGACUUCUACUCAGGACGUGCCUCAAGUUUCCACGCAUCCCCCUACCACCAUCCUGACUUGGCACAAAUUCCCUACCAGCCCUAGGACUAUGACCCUGACCCAACUACUACCCAAGACAACUACUAGCAUCUCUACUCUUGGUGGCACUGGUAUCACAACUGGAAGAGAACUCACCAGGACCUCUGUGAUCAGCAUUGCCUUCGCUGUGGUGUGUGGACUCCUGAGUAAGAGCCUGGUCUUCACCAUUCUGCUAGUUAUCACACAGAGGUCAUUUGGAUCCUAGGCCUAAGGGUCCAUGAGGAUGACCUCUGAGAAUAACUUCCAUCCACAGCCACGUGACAGCUAUGCAGAAGAGGAAUACUUGAAGGAAGGAUGCUGGGCACUGACAUGAGCUGACUUUCUAAUUUAGGGUAUCUAAUGACUAGGAAUCCCAUCAGCCUGGCCCUCUCAUUUCGCUAAUGAGCUUGAGCCAGAGUGUUUUGCCCCUUCAGGAAAGAGGCAGCUGUGGCUUUGGAUUUCCUUUCCCAUAGUGGUUCUGCAUUUGUGUUAAAUACAGAGUCCAUGCUUUCUGCUGUCUCCAUCUAGUGGGGCUGGUGAGCUGCAGAGGACUCAACUGCUAACACUACCCUGACACUUGUCCUGGACCAAAACAUUGUGAUGGGCUGGAUGAGGGUUCCCCCUACAGAAGCACCUGGCUCUCCCAGAUUCUUUAGAAUCAGACAUUGACAUUUCUCCCUUUAUCUUUGACCCUUGCAACACUCUCAGAAAAGGGUGAUGAAGACCAUAAAUGAGACGACAAGAUGGCAUACUGAUACAUUUACAUCUUAGAAGAGAAGUGAAGAAUAUGGUAUCCCAGGACAUUACCUUGGACCAAUUCUGUCUUCAAGGAUGGAGAAGAUUGUUUAUCUGUUGUGUACAUUUUCAGGAGUUCUUUUUGUCAGAGUCCUCAGAAUUCCACAUAAAUGAUAGCUGGGAAGAUCUUCCUGUUAAAAGACUUCAGGUUUUGCAUGCCUGAGGCUUCUGUUUUGAGCCCUGUCAUCACACUUAGUGGAGGAGUGCUCUGACAUCUCUCUCUUUGAAAUUAUAUCUAGUAUAAAAGAAAUGAAAAAAUAAUUUGAGUAGAGACGUAUCUGACUGGAACUUGUGGGCAGGAAUAAAAAAUGAAAAAGUUUCUCUACUGAUGACUAAACACCUCAGAACCAUCUAGAGCUGAGGAAACCUGAGCUGACCUUAUACUUGAACAACUCUUUCCUCAAGGGGCGGGUGUGGUGGGGUCUCACCUUAGGCUCUGGAGGCCAAAUUAGUAUAUGGUCCUUUUCCUCCUGCCUUCCUUCUUGCCCUCCUCCUCUUCCUCCUCCUCCUCCUUCUCCUUCUCUUACUCUAGUACUGUUUAACUCCUAAGCUCACUGAAAAAAUAGACACCCAGGAAAACACUAAUAGCUCUAAAUCAGGAUUUCUAACUUCCUCCUUCUUUGGAUUCCGAAGGAGGAGGGACUUCACUGAUGGUAAAAGAGUGAUGAGUCCAUCCAUUUCAGUUCAGUAAUGGCCAGAGCUAAAUUUCCCCUAAACACCUUGAAGCACACACCUUGCCACACACAGUCCAUCACUUUCUGAGGUUAUAUUUCUACAUUCAGUGCAACAUUUCCUUUCCUUCUGUGAGAAAGCUGUGGCCCAGCGCUUCCCUUCCAGAGCUUACCACACAAGGUCUUCCUCAUCAACCACUCUGUCUGAACACUCCCAGGGUAGAGGGAUGGCACUGCCCCCAGGAACAUGGUAGAUGAGACUUGAGAAACAAGUACAGUAAAGGAAAACAUGAGGCAAAUCUUGGACUAAGUAUGGUGCAUUGCACCAAAGCAAAAUACCCUGGAUAAGGUGGGAAAGGAGUGGGAGGGAGUCCUGGUAUAUGGUGGAGGGAAAGAAUCUACAUUGAGGGGAGUGAGUGUUUUGCAGACACCUAUCAUGGAGAGAUCAGAAGUUGUACUAAUGUGAUGACAACUGUGCUAUAAACUAUUUAACCCCAAUAAAGUAUAUACAAAAGAGAAAA